AUCAGAGGAGAGAAGAGAGAGAGAGAGACAUUGCAAAUUGCAAUCAACCACAUCAAUGGCAUCAUCAUCCAUUAUCAUCCCUCCGUUCCUCUCAGCUUCCAUCAGCCGUCGUAACCUCCUCCUCUCCACCACCACAAUCGCCACCGUAUCUCCCUCCCCUCAGAUCCCUUCCCCACCAGACGUAACAAUCACCGACCGCGUCUUCCUCGAUUUCUCCCUCUGCCCAACUUACUUCCGCUCUGAUCCCUCCGCCACACUCUCCUCCACCACUCCUUGCCCCGACUCCACUCCCCUCGGCCGCGUCGUUCUCGGACUAUACGGCCGUCAUGUUCCUCUCACUGUCUCCACUUUCAAACUCAUGUGCACUUCCUCCUCCUCCUCAUCCUCUACCUCUUACAAGAACACUCCCAUCCACAAAAUCUUCCCCGGCCAGUUUUUCCUCGCCGGAAGACAAGGAUUACGGCGAGACACGGCGGAGGUCGGUCCUCUUCUGAAGAGUUUGCCUCGGAACACCGACGUCGUCAAUUCCAAGUCGUUCCUCAUCCCUCACGCUCGUCCCGGACUCGUCUCUCUUUGCUUGUCUGAAAACGACGACGACGAUGAGACCAGACUCGAUCCUGAGUACAGAAACGUCGAGUUCUUGAUCACUACGGGACCUGGUCCUUGUCCGCAGCUCGACGGUGGCAACAUUGUCUUCGGUACUGUUCUUGAAGGGUUAGAUGUGGUGACGAGUAUAGCUGCGGUGCCAACUUUUAAGCCGUCGGAGAAGAUUCGACAGUUCAACGAUUUCGCAGAGUUUCUGGGAGACGAAAGAGCUCAGAACGCAAGAUCAUUGUGGAACAGACCUCUUAAGACGGUUUUCAUUAGUGACUGUGGAGAGCUUAAGGUCACUAAGCCUUCUCUCUCUCCUUCUCUGCCUUAAGUAUAUAUAUGAAUGUAUAUGUGUGUUUAUAGUAAGCAUCUACUUCUUCUACUCUCAACCAUUAUAAUUCAAUUCUACUCGAGAGUUCUUCGGCUGGUUGCUAAAGACUAAGAGAUGUACAAGAGCUUGUAAUCAAAACAACUUGUUAUAUAAAUCUGAACAUGGCUAAAAUGUCAGGAUAAAUGGUCUCAUCUUAUCUUCAAUGAAGUUUGUUUUUUCUUAUCA